AUGAGCCAACAAAAGGCCGUUGUCGUUCUAUUAUUGAAUGUAUUUUUAACAUCAUUCGUCUGUGCCCAAUAUGGUAGUCCUGCUGGCAAUAGCAAUCCCGGAUACGGUGGUACAGGUACCAGUGUACCAUCAGGAGAUUAUGGACACAAAGGCCAAAAUCCCGUCGGAGGACCUAGUGGAUCAGAUGGAAAUUCAGAACCCGAGCCUUUCAACUUUGCUUACCAAGUAAAAGAUGCACCCACCAAUACAGACUUCAAGCACGAAGCCAACAGUGACGGCAAACGAGUGACCGGAGCAUACAGCGUACUUCUUCCUGACGGUCGUAAUCAAGUAGUGACAUAUGUUGCCGACGAAAAUGGUUACAAUGCCAAGAUCAACUAUGAAGGAGAAGCAAAACCACAACCAUCUCAACCAGGCAGCCAAGGAGGUUAUCCGUCCGCACCAGGUUUCCCUUCUGCUGCUCCUAGUUAUCCUUCCGCUGCCCCUGGUUAUCCUUCCGCGGCCGCCCCUGGAUAUCCUUCUGCAGCUGCCCCUGGUUAUCCUUCCUCAGCUCCUGGUUUCCCUUCUUCAGCUCCAGGCGGUUACCCAUCGUCUGCCCCAAGCUAUCCUUCAUCGGCACCGGGUUUCCCAUCGUCUGCCCCAAGUUACCCGACCGGCGUUAAAGGAUCUUAUGCCGCACCUCAACCCAAAAACGGAGGAUAUUAA